AUGUAAUACCCUAAUUAUUUUUUCAAACCUUCUAAUGAUGUUUAUAUAAAGAGAAAAUAAGCAGCAAUGAAAAUGAAUUUCGGAAAGAAUAGUAAUUUAAAUUAGGUGAUUAUAUAGUUUGGGCUGCUAUUUCAAUAGCAUUCUCAUGUUACUAUCUUUUUGGUUUGUAUAGAGAUUGGUUAAUUGAAUUACCUUUUUGGUAGAAAUGGAGAUAAGAGAAAAUUACUGCUAAGGAAUCAUACGAGUUUGUAAUUUAAGGAUUUCAUCCAAUAAGAAAGACUUUAAUAUAAUAGUUUAGUUAGUUUUGA